AUGGGAGUUCUCCGGGAUACGAUACUCUGGUUACUGGUUUCAGGGACGGUAUUGUUCUUGGCAAGGAUUGUUUUGUUCAAAACCGGAUUGAUUUACCUGGUUAAGAGAUGGCGGAGGAAAAUCGCCGACUGUUUUCAGGUUUACCAGUUCUACAAAAUUCCCGCGUUCAACGACAACAUGCAGGAGAAUCAAUUAUACCGUAGAGUUUACGCGUUUUUGAAUCCCCUCAGCUCAAUCGAAAACUCCGAUUUCACUAAUCUCUUCGCCGGAAAAAAACCAAACGAGAUCAUCCUCCGUCUUGAUCAAAACCAGGUGAUCACCGACGAGUUUCUCGGCGCUAGAGUCUGUUGGAUCAACGUAGAAGACGACGACGACGGUUCCCGGAGUUUCGUUCUGAAGAUUCGCAAGGCUGAUAAACGGAGAAUCCUUGCUCCGUAUCUCCACCAUAUACACACUGUCUCGGAAGAGCUCGAACAGAGACGACACACGGAGCUGAAGCUAUUCGUCAACGUCGGAUCAAUCGAUAACGAAACGAGAAAGACGAAGAAGAACGGGAGAUGGAGAUCGAUUCCGUUUACUCACCCUUGCACAUUCGACAGCAUCGCCAUGGAAACGGAUCUGAAGGAGAAAGUGAAAUCGGAUCUGGAAUCGUUUCUCAACGGGAAACAGUUUUACAAUCGACUCGGACGAGUUUGGAAACGGAGUUAUCUCCUCUACGGACCUUCCGGCACCGGGAAAUCAAGCUUCGUCGCGGCGAUGGCUAAUUUCCUUAAUUACGAUGUCUACGACAUAGAUCUAUCGAAAGUAAGAGACGAUUCCGAUCUCAAAAUGCUUCUGUUACAAACCACGAGCCGAUCCUUGAUCGUGAUUGAGGAUCUAGAUCGGUUUCUCUCCACGAAAUCGACGGCUCUAAGCGUUUCAGGUAUUUUGAAUUUCACAGACGGGAUUCUCAGUUCGUGCGCCGCCGAUGAACGGAUCAUGGUGUUCACGAUGACUUCCAAGGAACAGAUUGACCCGGCGGUGCUCCGUCCGGGUCGGGUCGACGUUCACAUUCAUUUUCCGUUAUGUGAUUUCACGGCGUUUAAGGCGUUAGCGAACAGCUAUUUGGAUUUGAGAGAGCAUAAGCUAUUCCCUGAAGUAGAAGGUAUCUUCCAGAACGGUUCGUCGCUAAGCCCCGCCGAGAUCGGAGAAUUGAUGAUCGCUAACAGAAACUCGCCGAGCAGAGCACUCAAAUCCGUAAUCAAAGCUUUGCAAACCGACGGAGAUCGGAGAGGAACUCUGGCGAUCGGACGGCGGGUGUUUCACGAAAGAUUCCCAUCGGAAGAUUUUGACGGAGACAUGAGUGGACCUCUAUGCGGUGGAGGAAGCUCGCCGGCGGUGAAAGAUUUCAAGAAGCUGUACGGACUGUUAAGGCUAAAAAGUAACAGAAAAUCUCAGUCGUUCGAUUAUGCUCGGGAGCUAAGGAACGGUUCGUGA